UUGCACAAUACUUGAGUAAAUGUACUUCACUACGUUACACCACUGCAUGGUAGUAAAGAGCAGUAAUGAAAUAAUUCACGAGUAGAGUUAAUGAUUAUACUGGGCCAGAAUCAGAGUAACAGCGGAGCCGCCAUGAGGAGUAAAUGCUGCUUUGAUUUACUAAACCUUUAGAGGACUUGGAGAAUAAGAGGGUAACAAACGACUAAACUGAACUCAGAUCCAAAGUGACGGACAGCCAGAGACGCUUCACUUUCACAUUAAAGAACAGAGACUUCACUUUUGUCUUCCUUUGAUCCUUGGGGCUCAUUUUGAGCGCCGCCGUUUAAAGCUCAAGAAAAUGAUCACAUUCAAAAUGAAGGAGUUGGACCCACUUGCAAGCCCACACUUUGUGGCUCAUUGUGUCCGGAGUGUACGAAUCAAAAGGAGAGGCAACAGCAAGCCUUUGGACUGCUGACACUGGAAGGGCAGUAUGUCCUUAUUGACCCCAAACACAACACGUUAGAAGAAAUGGAUAUUUUAAUUAAUAUAUUAAUGGGAUAUUAUUAUUAUGAAUGUAAUGAAUAAAGGUAUUCUGAUUCUGAUUUUAUACAAUGUUAUGCUUACAACUUUUUUCAUGAAGGCUCAACCAUUUAUGUUAUUGUAAGUUUGUUUUGCAAAACUGAUAAAUAAAGUUAUAUACAUUCAAGAUUCAAAUGGUGUAUCGUCAUAAUUGUCAAAUGUGUCAUCAUAUACACAACUAAGGUGUAGUAAUGUAAUGAAUGAAACACUGGUCGCAGGAUCCUCAACAAUGCAAUGACAAGAAAUACAAAACAACAAUAACAUGAUGUUGUAAUAUAGUCCAUUGAUCUUGGGGUGUGACCAGAAUUAAAAAUAAAUUGAGUUCCGACUUCUCAGAAUGUUCAGAAAGCUGUUGGUCACAUCCCAUAUGUAUUUGCUCUACAGGGAGUAAGGUUUGCCUGUCAGUCUAAACAAAGGGCUAUAUUAACCCUUUACAUUGAACUCAGUACAGUAAACACAGUGGACAGUUAUCAGGACGCACAAUCGAUAGUCGAGCAUUACAGCACUUCACCACACUACCGGCAGCGGGAGUCAUGUCUCUGCCUUUUACCGGAUAACACGUGCUGCUGGGUUUUUAAAUAACUAGGAGGGGCUGAAGGCUAACAGCGAAGCUAACGGCUAAUCCUCCAGCAGCUGCAGCGGGAUGUUCGGCUGUCUGGUGGCCGGCAGGUUGGUGCAGACAGACGCGGUGCAAGUCGCCUCGGACAAGUUCGUGUUCAACCUGCCGGACUAUGAGAAGGUGAACCACGUGGUGGUGUUCAUGCUGGGCACGGUUCCGUUCCCCGCCGGUACCGGAGGAGCGGUCCACUUCUCCUUCCCGGACCCCUCGGGCGGCAGCGAGGUGUGGCAGCUGCUCGGCUUCAUCACCAACGAGAAGCCCAGUGCCAUCUUUAAGAUCUCCUGCCUGAAGGCGGGGGAGGGCGGGGAAAACCCCUUCGGUAUGAUGGCCUCCUCCUCCCGGCUGUCACCCUCCGUGGCUCAGGUCGGUGUGUCGGUGGAGGCUCUGGAUCAGCUCGCCCAGCAGAUUCCGGUUUCCAGCGCCGCCGUUUCCACCGUGGACUCCUUCCUGCAUUUCACCCAGAAGAUGUUGGACAGUCUCUACAACUUCGCCUCGUCCUUCGCGGUGACGCAGGCUCAGAUGACCCCGAACCCCUCGGAGACCUUCAUCCCCUCCAGCUGCGUCCUCAAGUGGUUCGAGAACUUCCAGAGGAGGAUGAGCCAGAACCCCAACUUCUGGAAGAACUGAAUCAAAGACUAAAAAAGACAGUUUCCACAGUGCCUACAGCCAAACCACUCGUCUCUCAGACACAGCUUUACUCCCUACAGUUUAUAACGUGCACAGGGGUUUUGGUUCAUCAUCAUUACACGUUUUUAUUUAUUAAAGUAAGAACAACGAUAGUAAAUAUGAGAUUGAGGAUCCUUCUUGGCCAUGGAAACAGCAGCUCUAAAUGAAAACAAAAUAAGAUUGAUUUAGUGUUUUUUCUCUUAAAAUAAAAUAGAUUAUUCCACACCA